UUUGUUUUUAGCUGUGAACAAAUAUUGAGUUCAAACAAACAUACUCGAGAACGGCCGAUAAUAUCUAUGUCUACAAACGUCAGAUUUUUGUAUUUUGUUCCACUUCAUAAUAUAGAAAAGCAUGGGGGGGGGGGGUAACAAUACUUAUUUUUUAAACUUUACAAGCAUACAUUUGACAUGAAUGCCAAUUACUUAAAUGGCAAAGAUCAAGGUCACAGUUGAAGGUCAAAUGUGUAUAACUUUUGCAUGCGAACCUCAUUUUUUCCUCGUAUUCAUGUCACACAGCAAGUUGCCGUGUCAGAGCUAUACACCACAUGUGCACAUUUGCCGAAGCUUUAUACGGGGCUGUUAACAUACACAGUGAUUAUUCUUUUAAAGAAGUGGCAAAAACCCUGUGGACUCGUAAAUGACCUUAUCUAUAAAUAUACGGCUGCCCCUUUUAAUCCUCUUCGGUGUGUUUGUCCCUUUCAUAAAUAAACACUCCCGCGGAGAGCUUUGCAAACAACGUCUGACCCCUACAGAGACCCAGAGAAUCGCUUGCGAUUGUUCAACAUUGACUUGUUUGCGUGUUUUUGACAAGCUUCGAGUGCGCCAUCCGGCUCUGUUUGACCACAGCUUAAGUGUUUACACUUGAUAAGAGAGCAUUUAGGGUUCAAGCAGCGUCAAAGGUGUUUACAGCGGUACCAUUUAUGUUCGUAUUUACGCUGCGUUAGUUUCUGCUGUAAACAAAGCCAUUGUGCAUAUACAUUUUAAAUCAGAGAUAUUUCAAAGGAAAGAUGGCGCUAGCAAUAAAAGCAUGGACUCCUCUCGUUUGUGUGUUUUUCGUUUUACGUGGAGCGAUAUGCAAGGUGGAGAUCGAACCGAGCAGCCAGAUUGUUGUGGCGGGCAGCACGGUGGUCUUCUCCUGCGAAUCAGAUGCACCGGGCACACACUCGUGGCUCCGACAAGGGAAGGCGCUCGUACCGGCGGUGGACGGGAUUCAGGCGCGACAGGUCAGCGCCGAUGAGUCGGUGCUCGUGAUCGCACGAGCAGACGCGAGGCGCCACAAAGGUGCGUUCUCGUGCGUCGUGCAGUACGGCAAUGGGAAACGGGAGGAGAAGAGAACGAAACUGGACUUUGUCAAUCCGAACAGGCUCCCAUCGGGGUUCCCGCUUGUGAGACCUCAAAUGGGGAAUUCCGGCUUGAGCGGCGUACCACAAGAGGGACCGGCAACAGUGGAGCUUCGAUGUGCGCUCGAAACCCCGGAAGAGGGUGUGGAUUGGCGCUGGAUUAAGACAGGAAGUGACAACGUGACUACAGUUCUAGAUGAUGAUUCGGAACGUAUUGACGAGGAUGAUGGUAUUUUGCGGAUCAGUCCCGCGGAGACCGGUGACAGCGGAACAUACGUGUGCGUCGCAGACAACAGCCGAGGGAACGCCUAUGGUCCCUCGGCUACCAUCAACAUACAGAUAGAAAAACCCCAACAAUGCAAACUUGAUGGCGAGACUUACCAAAUCGGAGAGACGCGACAGAGCGCCGGUGACCCGUGCAUGACGUGCAUGUGCCUAGAGGGGGCGGUGCUUCGCUGCCGGUCCGUCGGCUGUCGGCCCCAACGGUGUCCCGAGGGGCAAGAGUUCCAUCCGUCAAAUGUUACGUGCUGCGAUGGAGAGUGUCGACCCAAGGUUAUCCCCAAGCCAACCAUCUCGAGACAAGAGGAAGGUUGCAGAGCGGAAAACGGAAGUUUGAUCCCCUACGGAGUCACCUUGCCGUCUGCUGACCCUUGCGUCUCGUGUACGUGUUUCCGCACUUCCGGUCUUCAGUGCCGCGCCGUGGGCUGCGUUCCAAAGAGGUGCCCGUUAGGUCAGGUGUUCCGGAAGUUGGAAGGAAAGUGCUGCGACGGGGAUUGCGUUCCGGAAGGACUCUGCAAAGACAAGGAUGGCCGGUUCACAGUUCGAGAAGGCGACAUCUUCCAGCCGGACGGGAAGCGGCCAUGUGAGGCGUGCGUGUGCCGCGGCGGUGUAGCGGAAAGGUGCACCGAGGCCGUCUGCGAUGAGCCGCCAUGUGCCCGUUACCGACGCCUACCGGAAACAUGCUGUGGAUAUGAGUGUCUAGACGAUGAUAAAACUGAUGAUAACGACGACAUCGGUCGGGUGAAGACGGUCGAUGUCGAUGAUUUGGAUGACCUAUGCGUGGGUUUCGGGGGACAGAAGGUACGAGAAGGCGACAACUAUCAGCCUGGGGCGGACCCGUGCCUCACGUGCAUCUGCGAGGACGGUCGAGCGGCUUUCUGUCGCAGUAUCGCCUGCGCGCCAUCAAACAUGCAGUGCCAAAACCAGACGCGCGUACCCGGAAAGUGUUGCCAGUAUGAGUGCCUCGAUACUCUUAUGAGUGAGGAGAUUGCUAUCGUUCUUGGAGUCCUAUACGUGCGUCAGGUGGGACCGGGUGCCAUCCUUGUCCAGUGGAAGGUACCGGAAGGGUCGGAGGGACUAAUUGAGCGCGGCUCCAACAUGACGGUCUACGUCACUGUGAUGGACGGCCGUAACAGUUACACCAAGGCUCUAGCGGCAGGUCAGGUGCGCUCUUACAUGUACCACGUUAGGGACUACGAGCUGGGCAAGCGGAUGUUGGUGACCGUGAAUGGAACGCUCGGCCGGGCUCCGGAUGUUAAGAUGAUGGUAACCAGGGCCGCGGAGGUCUCGCUCGAUAACAAAGUACGCACCACGCUCAAUCUGAACGAUGCCCUGGGUCACGUGUUCGAGUCACGCGGUUCUGAUCCUUGGGGCGGGUACAGCAUACCCCGUGGGUUCAAACCCGUGGCCCGGUCCUCGAAGGUCAAGAACAUGCUCAACCCGGACAGCUUCCACAGGGUGGAGACUUCUGUCUAUGAUGAGGAACCUUGUCCUCAUAAGGCUUGUGGCCUCGUUCGCUUCUUCCUGUACACGUUGGACGGCGAAGUCACUAACGUGGUGUCCCUUCUCUUCGAAAAUGAUCAGGAUUUCGAAUGGGCAGAGGCACAUCUGUAAAUGAGUACCAGUAUCAUUGUGUCGGAAAUGAUCACGUGUGUAAAAAUGGUCUGAAAUAUGCAUGGUAGCGGUGUAGACCGGAAAGCCACAGAAGAGACAUCGCACGGAUUAUUGUUCGCUAGAACAAAUAGACGUGUAUACUGGUAUUGAGUUCAAGAAGAAUAACUGUUAAAUAUUGCUGAGCAAAUGUAAAAAUAACAACUGAAGUUAUUCGUGGGCAUUGUUGUUAACGUUUGAGACAACGCCAAUUACAUAUUUCCAUAAUUUGUUGAUGUGUAUUUAUACAUUUUGUUUUGAAGUAUAUAUAUCCGUAUAUAUCACUAUUUUGAUAUCAAUUCUGAUACUAAUUAAUACAAUCACGCUGUAAUUAUGUUCGGUUUAUAUCAACUUUGUAUUAGUAUUUAAGCACUUUAUAUGGUAUCGAAUCAUAUUUCUUUUUUCUAAUAAUUAUGUACAUUCUUUAUUGCAAGUAGAUCUACCGGUAUGUUGUAUUGACUUACAUUUUUUUCUUAUAUAAAUAAACUCCUAAAAAACA